AUGUCGUGGCGCAACCAGGGCAUCACUGGCUCCAAUAACAUUCCUCUCGGAAAUCGUCGUCGGUUCGGCGACAGUAAUGGUGACUCGCGCGAUGGUACCAAUUCUCCGUACAACGGAGAUUCUGGCAAGCGUGGUCGCAGUCCUACCAGAGCUGAACCUGCUGCCGAUGGCGUGAAACGACGUAGGAAGCGUAACCGGUGGGGUGAUGCUACCGACAACAAGGCGGCUGGCCUCAUGGGUCUCCCGACCAAGAUUGAAGCCAACAUGACCUCUGAACAGCUUGAAGCAUACACUUUGCACUUGCGUAUCGAAGAAAUCAGUCAGAAGCUCCGAAUCAACGAUGUCGUUCCUGGUGAUGGCGACAGAUCUCCUUCGCCGCCUCCGCAGUACGACAACUUCGGUCGCCGUGUCAACACUCGCGAGUUCCGUUAUCGCAAGCGUCUCGAAGACGAGCGUCACAAACUUGUCGAGAAGGCCAUGAAGACUAUUCCCAACUACCACCCGCCAUCUGACUAUAGACGUCCUACUAAGACACAGGAGAAAGUCUACGUGCCUGUCAACGACUAUCCCGAGAUUAACUUCAUUGGUCUACUCAUAGGUCCCCGUGGUAACACUCUCAAGAAGAUGGAGACUGAGUCUGGUGCAAAGAUUGCAAUCCGUGGCAAGGGCUCUGUCAAGGAAGGCAAAGGUCGCUCUGAUGCCGCUCACACCAGCAAUCAAGAGGAGGACCUUCACUGCUUGAUCAUGGCCGACACCGAAGACAAGGUCAACAAAGCCAAAGAGCUAAUCCAUAAUGUCAUCGAAACCGCCGCCUCCAUCCCCGAGGGCCAGAACGAGCUCAAGCGAAACCAGCUACGCGAAUUGGCGGCUCUCAACGGUACCCUCCGUGACGACGAGAACCAAGCUUGCCAGAAUUGCGGCCAGAUUGGUCAUCGCAAGUACGAUUGCCCCGAGCAGCGCAACUUCACUGCCAACAUCAUCUGUCGCGUGUGCGGCAAUGCCGGUCACAUGGCUCGCGAUUGCCCCGACCGACAACGAGGCAGCGAUGCACGCAAUCAAGUUCCGGGCUUCGGCGCCCCACCCAGACGCCUCGGCGCAGGCGAUGCUGUCGACCAAGAGAUGGAGAAUCUUAUGCAGGAACUCUCGGGCAACCCAUCGAAUGGUCCAGCCGCGCGCAUCGAAGCUGCCCCUGGUGGUGGGAACCCCUGGGACCAAGGCGGCUACGGCGGCGGGGCUGGUGUUGGCGACGCUGCUCGUCCUUGGGAAUCUCGUCCACCUGCGCAAUCUGGCGGUGCUGCUCCUUGGGCUCGCGAACAGCAAGACAGCUACGGCAGUGGUGGCGCAGCUCCAUGGGCUCAACGACAAGACAGCGGCGGCUAUGGCAAUUACGGCGGAGCUCCUGGAGCCCCUGGUGCUCCCGGCAGCGGUGCUGCGCCGUGGCAAAGCCAGCCCCCUCCCCCACCACCCCCGGGGGGCGGCUACGGCUAUGGUGGCUAUCCUGGCUACGAUCAAGGUGGCUAUGGUGGCGCCCCUGCAGCUCCUCCCCCGGGUCUCAGCGACUUCCUUCAGCAGUACAGCCAGCAGGCCCCUCCGCCACCUCCUUCUGACAUCCCUGCUCCUCCCCCUGGCCAGGCCCCUCCUCCACCUCCUGGAGAUGUGCCGCCUCCACCGCCUCCAUCUUAG